AUGGGUUCUCAAAUACUGUCUAGACUAAGUUUCAACUUGGUUCCAACUAUACCUAUGAAUUCAACCUGUCCCAAAGAUUUUCAUCUACGCAAUAGAACUCAAUUCAAUUCUAUGACUCCCUCCCAACGGAGUGGAGAGAUAUUUCUGUCAUUUUCAGAUUUGUCUUUUUAUGGAAAUGUAAUUGAAACUUACAAAGUAAAAGCCACGAGGGUGAGGAAAAAAGAAAAGGAAAGCUGUAACAAAGGAUCCCCUUUCUGUCCUAUUUGGUUAGAUCAUUUGAUUCAGCAUCAGAUCAGGACCUUAAUUACAUGGACUUCUGAAAUGUCAACUCUCAUCGCGAUCAGAGACGCCGACCUGAACGGCAAAGAUGGAGACUACUCUCCGGCGAAGGAGAAAGCUUCUAAUAGAGGCGUAUACAACGGCAGAUUGCCGCUCCUCCACCUCCGCUUGCGGCUGUUGUUUGGCAGCGCAAAGUACAAGCUACUUCUCUUAUUAUGUCUGUUUAGUGUCCUCUAUAUGCUCAGUUCCUUUAUGGGCUGGAAGCCGCAGUAUUCUUCUUCCGUUUCUUCUACUUCGAGGGGAGGAUACACAGUGCUCAUCAACACGUGGAAGAGGAAUACUCUACUUAAGCAGUCUGUUGCUCAUUAUGCAUCCUGCCAUGGAACUGAUGCAAUACAUGUAGUCUGGAGCGAAAGUGAUCCUCCUUCAGAUAAGCUAAAAGAUUAUCUUAAGAAUGUAGUAUUGAAGAAGUCGCAAACGGCUCACAAACCCAACUUCAGAUUUGACCUAAACGAGGAAGAUAACCUAAACAAUAGAUUUAAGCCGAUUGAGGAUCUCAGAACUGAUGCAAUUUUCUCAGUGGAUGAUGAUGUAAUUGUCCCGUGCCCUACACUGGAUUUUGCAUUCACUGUAUGGCAAACUGCUCCACUCACAAUGGUGGGAUUUGUCCCUCGCAUGCAUUGGCUGAAAGAGGAGAAAAAUGGCAUGGUACAUUAUCAAUAUGGAGGAUGGUGGUCAGUUUGGUGGACGGGCACAUAUAGUAUGGUUCUCUCAAAAGCUGCAUUCUUUCAUAAGAAGUACUUGGAUAUAUACACUCACAGUAUGCCGGCAUCAUUACAUGAUUAUGUAAGCAGGGAAAGAAAUUGUGAAGACAUUGCUAUGUCUCUUCUUGUUGCUAAUGCCACUGAAGCUCCUCCAAUAUGGGUUAAAGGGAAGAUCUAUGAGAUUGGGUCAUCAGGGAUAAGCAGUUUGAACGGGCAUAGUGAAACUAGAAAUAAAUGUCUCAAUGAUUUUAUUGCCCUCUAUGGGACCAUGCCUCUGGUGCCAACCAACGUAAAAGCUGGAGAUGCAAGACAAGAAUGGUUCUGGUGAUUUUAUUGCCACUUUGUUAUUCCCUAAAUAGUGUUACACGUCAAUGCUGCUGGUUGCUAACGUAUUGGUUGGCACUUGCAUCCUUUCCCCUUACCACUGUUUGUUGUUAGCUGUAUUCAGUGUGUGUACUUAGACUGAUUUAUAGUGGACUUGGAACACUUUCAUAUUUUAGCGUAGCGUGCCAAUACUUUGCGUAUGAAAUCUUCUGAUUCAAAAUA